CAACGAUGGUUGCGAGGUCGGCGACGGCUUGUUAGAGACCAUGACGACGACUUUGAGGCUGUCCCGACGAGGAGGAAGUUUUGGAAGGUUUUCGCAGUCCUUGAGGAAAGAAGACGAAGACGUCACCGCCGGUAGUGGGAGGUAGAAGACGACUUUCAAUUGCAAGGAGGACGACGUGGUUCAGGAAGUUUGCAUGAUGGCAAAACCGAAAAAGGCUGCAAAGAGAGCUCAUGAGGGAGAAGGAUCAUCACAGCAGCCGCCUUAUGAACAACCACCACAGAUCCUAAGAGGUAAAACCAAACCCGGAGUCGAAAGUUGGAAGAAAAUGAGAAAUACCGGGUAAAGAGGGGGAG